CUCUCAUGCCGUGCUGGGCCACAAGGGCUCCGGGAGACGCGGCUACAUAUCACCGAGAACCGGGAUGGAGGAGAGGCGGAGGGGGGGGCAAGAAAGGGCAGAAAAAAAAAAGUUUCGUUUUAAACCUCGCAGAGAAACUUUCGCCAUGAAGCCUCGCUGACGGAACCGUUUCAGCACAGCGACACCAGCGCAAGAACAAAGCUUGAUUUUUUUUGUUUCUCCCCCCCCCUGCCACUGAAUCUAUUUUUUCUCCCCCCCCCCCCCUCCCCACCCCCGCUUGUGUUUCCUUCUCUCGUGUGUUACUCUCCGCGCGCACGGCUGGUCGGGGGCUCGCUGUCACUGCGCGCUGAGAUGUUGGAGUGACCAUGGCUGCGCAAGUUGCAUCGGCUCCGACCAGAACUAAUAACAAAAAUAAGAAAUUAUCCAGCGGUUUGGGUCCGGAGCUCAAUUCGGGGAAAUCCGGAGGAGUGGGCACCGUACAGCGGACUGGACCUAUGCUGGGUGCCGGAGAUGGGACUCUGAAUAAUGUAGACCAUCACCGCCGAAACGAUCUCAACAUGGUCCAUUCAACUUCCGCGACUCACGGCGCGUCGGACGGCCACGACAAGGAUGGGAAUAACCUCACGUCCGCCUCGGCUUCGACCAAUUCCACCGCGUCCUCGAUGGAGACGGCUUUGAUCGCGAACCACAAGCUGAAAUGUGCGGGGAGCGGAGAUCCCCCGCAGUCUCAGCCGCCGCCGCAGCAGCAGCAGCAGCAGCAGACGCCGCAAUUCGGCCAAUUUGCGCCACAUCACCAGCGACAAAGUAACAACACGGCGAAUAACAACGGCCAGGGCCCCCGCGGGGACAGGGCUCUGGAUCACCAGCACCACGGCGGCAAGGAGAACCUGUUGGGGGGCCAGGGAGAGCAGCACAUGCCAGGUAAAGGUGAGGGGGAGCUCACCUGUAAACCGGAGAGGAUGAUGGGUACCAGGUAUGAACACUCUAACUUGGGGCCUCCCGGUAACAACUCCGAGUUUAAUAACAACUAUUACACUUCAAGGCCCUGUUAUGAGCAACAUGGCGGACAGCAGCAGCAGCAGCAGCAGCAAAGCAGCGGGAUGGGGGUAACUCUCUCCUCGGCACAUAACAGCAUGGAGAACUCCCACGAAGCGGGGUACCACAACAGCCAGUACAAUCAGUACCCGGCGUACCGGGCGGGCUACGGCGGCGGGGCCUACGCGAUGAUGGGCCCCGCCGGGGGCCGGCAACCUGGGAACAUGAUGAUGGGCAGCAAUUCCUCUGCGAGCCACGGCAAGUCCCCCCUGGCAGCUGCUCCGGGGGGCUUCCAGAGGUUCCCAGGACAAACCCAGCAGCAGCAGCAGCAGCAUCCCUCGGGGGCCACCCCGACCCUCAACCAGCUGCUGACCUCCCCGAGCCCCAUGAUGCGCGGCUACGGCGGCGCUUAUCAAGACUACGGCGGGGCCACGGCGCAACAGCAGGCCGGCAUGGGCCUUGGCAAAGACGCGGCGCCCCAGUACGGAGGCAGCUCGGCCCACGGCUGGGGGGGGCAGCAGCAGAGAAACCCCCCUCACUCAAUGAGUCCGGGCAACGGAGGUCAAGGCCUCGGCAGGACGCAGGUGUCCUCCAUGGACUUUAUGGCGAUGAAGCGCUCGCAGCUGUACAGCAUGACCAACAAUCCUUACUCCACGCCACAGCAGCCGGGGGGCGGGCCUUAUCCCCCCAGCCAGCCGUACACGUCGCCUCCUUCGCAUAGAUAUCCAAUGAGCAUGCAGGGGAGGGGCCAGAUGGGCAUGGGCGCCAUGCAGUAUCCUCAACAGCAGCAGGUGGCGCCAUAUGGCCAGCAGGGGAUGGGGGGCUACAGCCAGCAGCAGGCGGGGCAGCAGGGGACCCCUCCUUACUUCAGCCCCCCUCAGCAGACCCCUCCAGGCCAGAGCCAGAGCACCUACCUGCAACCCCGGCCGCCGCCGCAACAGGAGGCCCAGCAGGAGACGUACGUCGCCCGGGGUCCGGCCCCAGGGAACUCUGGGAAGGCCAACAACGAGGACGGCGUCGCCCAAGACCGCCCGUCCAGUCUGCCGGUGAGUGACCCGACCAAUGAGCGCUCAGGAGCCGAUACCGGUACCGGUAACACAGUGGGGCAAAGUGUGUGUGUGUGAGAGAGAGGGUUCUUUAGAACCAAUACACACCGUCAAAGAAACAUCUGGUUCUGUGUCCCCUUGCGUUUUUUUUGUACGCUGUUCUAUCCAAUCAGUGGCCUCGCACACCCCUGUGACACGCCUCCUUGUCCCAUG